AUGGCUACGGCCCGGGACGAUUCGUCCGCCAACGCCGGUAUAAGGACGCUUAUGCCCGCCCCAACUGAGAUGCCUGCGGCUUUCACUCACCCCAUUCUAUCUCCGUCAACCUCUGCAAGUGAAGCUGCAUCUCCUGCAGAGUCUGCCAGCAAGAGGCCCUCACUCGCCGUUCUCCAGCCUUCCAAGGACGCGGGUGAAAAGGCGAGCGCGUUUCUAGCCUCGCGCGGCCCCUCCUCUGUGUCAUCCGUCGGAGGGUUACUCCUCCGGGAUUAUGCCCGCACUGUUGACCCUUCGUCUGCAGACCAGGACAUUCAUGUGAGGGAGCAUUCGGUCGUCGAGGCCCGACCCGUGGACAGUGUCCAUCAACAGGUUGAGCGUUUUCCUCCUGUGGAAGAGUCGGCGUCGCAAUUAUCGACCGCGGCUAUUGCGGGACUGCGUUCCAGAUCCUUCUAUCAGCGACGGAGGAGCACUUUGUUAAUAGACUCGAUCCCACGUCAGACCAUCAUGAAGGCUCUCGCUUCAAGAUCACCCAGAGACCUCAAUACGCUGGCCCUACCCCAGACUUCAUCGUUAAAUGGGGUCUUGAAUAGGUCUAGCCAAGGCAACAGCGAGUCCACCAACGCACCACAGAGGGAGCGUACGAGUAGCAAUGUGUCAGGUCAGAAAUUGUCUGACGCAUUGUCGGGCCUACAGUUAGGCAUGGCUACGGAGAAAUCCUCACCAACCGCUCGUCUCGCCUUGCAAUCGCCUUGCUUUUUCCAUCAGCGCUUUGAGGAACUUGUCAACAUUCAGAAGGUGCUCGAAGAGAUAGCCGACGAUGAGUGGCUUUCACAUUCCCGACUAGUCCAGACAGCAACGGGAGUCAGAGAAGUGUCGAAGCAGCUUCAGCGGCGGCCUAUCAAACGGGCUGUCAAGACUGUUAUGAUAGUCACAAAAGCGCGGGACAACCGUCUCGUUCUGCUGACUCGUGAACUAACAGAGUGGCUACUGAGCUCACCCCGAUACGGGCGGGAUGUAGGCGUCAAUGUCUAUGUAGACUCGAAACUGCGCAACUCUAAAAGAUUCAAUGCUCCGGGGCUCUUAGCCAAAGACAGUCGAUUCGAAACCAUGCUGAAAUACUGGACUCCAGACAUGUGUUGGACGUCGCCGGAGAAAUUCGACUUGGUUCUUACUCUAGGUGGUGAUGGAACUGUCCUAUUCACGUCAUGGCUAUUCCAGCGUAUUGUGCCUCCGAUUCUCUCCUUUUCAUUGGGAAGUCUGGGCUUCCUCACCAAUUUUGAAUUCGAGAAAUAUAAAGAACAUCUGAAUCACGUGAUGGGUGAAGGUGGUAUGCGCGUGAACUUGCGUAUGAGGUUUACCUGCACUGUAUAUCGGGCUGACCGAAGUAAAGGCGCUACGCCUGGCGACAUGGUGGAAGGGGAGCAAUUUGAGGUGCUCAAUGAGCUAGUAAUAGAUCGAGGGCCAUCACCCUAUGUCUCGAAUCUAGAACUGUAUGGAGAUAACGAGUUGUUGACUGUUAUCCAGGCGGAUGGUUGUAUCUUUUCAACACCCACAGGCUCAACUGCGUACUCGCUCUCCGCUGGUGGUUCUCUGAUUCACCCGUCGAUCCCCGGCAUUCUAUUGACGCCGAUUUGCCCCCAUACCCUAUCAUUUCGACCAAUGGUGCUGUCAGACACCAUGCUGCUGCGUAUUUCAGUGCCUGACCUCUCUCGCUCAACAGCCUACUGCUCUUUCGACGGCAAGGGACGUGUUGAACUGCGACAAGGCGACUAUGUCACCGUCGAAGCCAGCCAGUAUCCUUUCCCAACAGUAGUCUCUGGCGGUGUCGAAUGGUUCGACAGCGUCCGUCGCGCUCUCCGAUGGAAUGUGCGUGGCGCAGUCCAAAAGGGCUGGAGCGGUGGCGACGGCGAAUAUGCCGAGACCGGCGGCGCAGAUGACGACGCCGAGUUCGACAUCGACUUUGACAGCACGCCGGCCGGCACAGACAGCGGCAUUGGGCCGAGUGAAGACGGCGAUGCAUACGGCGCGGGCACGGGUACGGGCAGCCCGAUGCGACGACAAAUGAGCUUAUUGAACAUGUAA